AUGUGCACAUCCGUCAGAGAGCUGCCAAUCCGCACAUCGCUCGUCCUCACAUCAUUUGCAUCGUUGACAUCGCCCACCUGGCUCGCAUCGGCCGCAUCGGGCACACGUUUUCGCAUCACCCGUGUCAUUCCUUUCAACAGCACCAUUUUGAGCAGCCGGAACGGCAGCCGUGCGACUGCCUCCAACACCGGUACCGACGCAUAA